GCUCUCUACAUAGUUGUAUAAAUCGUGAUAAACACCAUUCUCAUAGUUGUAAAUGUUUGGAUGGAGACACGACGUCUUGUAUUUACCGUACAUUUACUGGUAUAACCUGAUAAAUAGAAGGCGGUAGAAUGAUCUAGAUUCGACAUAAAGAUGCUUGGUAUAAUUGUAUCUGGUCGACUCGUACAAACGGAUUUUCAGCAGAUAGGAGAAAACCAGUUUUUAAUAACAGUACCUGAUGCAGAUAAUAUAAAUCAUAUUGUGGUAUUUCUCACAGGUACUAUACCAUUUCCUGAUGGUACAGGUGGUGCAGUAUAUUUCAGUUGGCCAGAUCCAACUGCUCCACCUAACUGGCAGUUCCUUGGAUAUAUCUCAAAUGCUAAACCAUCUGCUAUAUUCAAAAUAUCAAACUUAAAGAAGAAUCAUGAGUUUGAAAAUAGCAAUUUAGGAAUUUUUGGAGUUGGGAAAAUUUCACAUGUAGCACAAAUAGGGGUUUCUGUUGAACCUAUUGCAGCUAUAGAACAACAAGCAGCUACAGUGACACAGGCUACAUCAAACUCAUUUUUAGAAUUUGUUCAAAAAAUGCUUACUAGUUUUUUGAAUUAUGUUUCAAGUUUUUCUGUGACUCAAGCACAAAUGACACCAAAUCCAACAGAAAACUUUGUACCGCUAUCUGUUAUUCAAGGAUGGUACGAAACUUUUGAGAGGAGGUUACAGCAAAAUCCAAAUUUUUGGAAAGCAUGAUGAGAAAGCAACCAACUCUCAAUAGUUCGUUUCCAUUUUGCAUAGUGAUGCGUCAUUUUUCAACACUCGUGCUUUGUGUUCGCGAAGUAUGGUGUAUUAAAAUGCGUCAUAUUGUGCGCGUAAAUUCAAUUUUUUUAUAUUCUCACUAAAGAACAAUAUGAUAAUAAUAAGAGUAAUUAUGACGCUAUUGCGUACCUUAUUCAAAAUGCAGUACUUGCAACCUGUUAAUGUUUAAUAUAAACAUUCAUCUCAUUUUUUAUUGUUGAUAUCAAGUAUAUGCUUUUUGAAUUAGUCAUGAAAGAAUAGAAUUAUAUCAUUUUUAUUCUAAUUAUUCUAUAUUUCAUAAAUAACGCAAAAUAGAAUGUAAAUAUUUUUAAUUUAUAAUACGAUAAAAAAAAACCAUUAAACCUAAUUUAUGAUUAAAGCAAUGGAAAUGGCGCAUGCGUCGACUUCCAUUUUGUUCGUGAAGUUUAUGAACAUCCAUGAACAAUUAUAAAGAUAGAUUGUUAUGUUACAAGAGAAAAGCAAUGAAUGAUUAUGAAGAAAUUUUCACAGUGAUAUUAUUUGUACUUUCAUGAGGAUAAAAUUGAAACUUAUUAAUAUGUAUUUACAUAAUAAAAUUAUUCAAUAUAUCAAUUA